GCAGGAUGAUAGGACGGAGGAGCAGAAGAAGAUCGACGACUGGCUCCCGGUCACGUCGUCAAGGAACGCCAAGUGGUGGUACUCUGCCUUCCACAAUGUCACCGCCAUGGUCGGCGCCGGCGUGCUCAGCCUUCCCUACGCCAUGUCCGAGCUCGGCUGGGGCCCUGGCAUCGCGGUGCUGGUGAUCUCGUGGGUGAUCACGCUCUACACGCUGUGGCAGAUGGUGGAGAUGCACGAGUGCGUGCCCGGGAAGCGGUUCGACCGGUACCACGAGCUCGGGCAGCACGCCUUCGGGGAGAAGGUCGGCCUCUGGAUCGUGGUGCCGCAGCAGCUCGUCGUGGAGGUCGGCGUCAACAUCGUGUACAUGGUCACCGGCGGCAAGUCGCUCAAGAAGUUCCAUGACGUGAUCUGCGACGGCAAGUGCAAGAACAUCAAGACCACCUACUUCAUCAUGAUCUUCUCCUCCGUCCACUUCGUCCUCUCCCAGCUGCCCAACCUGGACUCCAUCUCCGGCAUCUCCCUCGCCGCCGCCGUCAUGUCGCUGUCCUACUCCACCAUCGCGUGGGGAGCGGCCGUGGACAAGGGGAGGGUGGCCGACGUGGACUACAGCGUCAGGGCCACCACGACGCCCGGGAAGGUGUUCGACUUCUUCGCCGGGCUUGGAGACGUAGCGUUCGCGUUCGCAGGGCACAACGUGGUGCUGGAGAUCCAGGCCACCAUCCCGUCCACGCCGGAGAACCCGUCCAAGAAGCCGAUGUGGAAGGGUGUCAUCGUCGCCUACAUCGUGGUCGCCCUCUGCUAUUUCCCCGUCGCGCUCAUCGGCUACUGGGCGUUCGGCAGAAUUGUUGAUGACAACAUCCUCAUCACCCUCUCCAAGCCCAGGUGGCUCAUCGCCAUGGCCAAUAUGAUGGUCGUUAUCCAUGUCAUCGGAAGCUACCAGAUUUACGCGAUGCCGGUGUUCGACAUGAUCGAGACCGUGCUGGUGAAGAAGCUGCGGUUCUCGCCCGGCCUCACCCUCCGCUUGAUUGCCCGGUCAACCUAUGUUGCGUUCACAAUGUUCAUCGGCAUCACCUUCCCAUUCUUCGGUGGGCUGCUCGGGUUCUUCGGCGGCUUCGCCUUUGCACCGACUACCUACUUUCUUCCGUGCAUCAUGUGGCUAGCCAUCUACAAGCCCAAGAAAUUCAGCCUCUCAUGGUGCAUUAACUGGGUCUGCAUCAUCCUUGGGGUGUGUCUCAUGGUUCUGGCGCCCAUCGGAGCUCUCAGGCAAAUUAUCUUGAAAGCCAGCACAUACGAGUUCUACUCAUAGAUCACUAUUACAAUCACCAUCACUCAUCCUGUCGUUUA